AUGCUAGUCGCCAGCGCGGGCCAAGAGGGCCGGAAGAUCAAUCUGGUCCGUAUUGCACACGUCUACUACACGCACCAGGAUCUCAACGCCGCACACGAUUUUCUGAUCGACUUCGGCUUCCACGAAGUAAAACGAGACCGGAAGACUGUCUAUUACGGUGGUACUGGGCCUGACCCGUUCAUCUACUGUGCACGGGAGGGUCCUGAGAACCAGUUCGGGGGCGCCGCUUUCGAGGUCGAAUCCAAGGAUGACCUCGAGUACGCUGCAGAAUCCCUUCCUGGGGCGACGGAGAUCUAUGAGCUGACAGAUGCUCCUGGAGGUGGACUAUGCGUUACCUUCAGAGACCCGGCCGAUGGGUUCCUGUUCCACCUAGUGUAUGGGCAAGGCAAAAAGCAGACCGUUACAGCUCUACCUCAACUGUCAUAUAACCUCCCAAACAUCAAGAAUCGACCGGCAAACUUGACCCAGCGCUUCCAACCGUGUGAGUUUUCCGAUUCACGGAGUCUUCCCUCGCUCGAUUCCCGAGCUGACCGGUUAUACAUAGCGCCUGCCCCGGUUCAUAAGCUCGGGCAUUUUGGCAUGUGCGUAACGAACUUCGCCAAAACCUAUGAGUUCUACACGCGCAGGUUCAACUUCGCCCCAAGCGACAUCGUGCACGACGAUGCGGGAAGAGAUAUCACUACCUUCCUACACUUGGAUCGGGGAGACACACUUGUCGAUCAUCACUGCUUUUUCUUCUUCGAAGGUCCCGAAGCCCAUGUACACCAUUCCUCCUAUGAGACACACGACUUCGAUAUCCAAAAUCUCGGGCAUGAUUGGCUGAGGAAGAAAGGGUACAAGAACUGCUGGGGCGUCGGGCGCCAUAUAAUGGGCAGUCAGAUUUUUGACUACUGGUUUGACACGUCGGGUUUCAUCGUGGAGCAUUAUGUCGAUGGGGACCUCGUCAACAGUCAACAUCCCCUGCAACGGUCUCUUGCUCGCCCGGGAAAUUUGCAUGUUUGGGAUUUGCUCGAGUUUGAUAUACAACAUCUUAAGGAGUGUUGA